CGUAAAUAUUGAAAAUUGGCUCACGAUUGCGUUGAUUUCAAACGCAUAGCUUUACAAAGAAAAAUUCUAUGACUGACAAUCAGAGUUUUCGUGUGGACAGUUCUGGAGACAGGAAUAACUUGAUAUUCGAAUCACUGUACAAGGCGGAUAUUCCAGAGUACACAAACCAGGGAACGAUAUGUCAUCCAAACUACAGAAGGACGCUUGGAGCAAAGUUCACGUCGGUAUCGCUUAUGGACUCUUCGUCAAACCGUUUUUGUGACUCUAAAGUACAACGCCAACUGAAAAAGUCCUCUGGUAUGCGAGUUUUGAAGAAUUCUUCAAACAACCGAAAAUUUCAAGAAUUCGAACCCCUCUGUAAUACUUCGCAAAACGUUGAAAAACUUCAAGAACAAGUUGUUUCGCAAGCUACUCGCCUCAACUCUGAACUUGACAAGGAUUUAUGCAACGAACAAUUGUGGUUGCAACUUGUGGACUUACAAAACCGUUAUUAUGACUUGGGUCUAUUGAAUAAGAAAAGUAUGGUCGACAAGAAAUUGUCUAUUAUUAUAAAGGCUUUGGAGAGUAUCCCAAACUCUGAAGAUUUGUUGCUUCUAUACAUAAGUAUUAUGGCUGGUCUUUGUGAUAAUGAAACGAUGUUUAGUUUAUUUCGAAGAGCAUUGCAGUGUUCUCCUACAAGUUUGAAAAUUCACUUAUUAAGGUGUAGAUUUGUGUUAUCUUCUCUAGAAUCAUUUUCACUCUACUCUAUGGAGAAUAUCUGUAGAGAAGCAUUUGACUGCCUUUGUGCCAGUAACUUUGUUCAUGGUCUGUAUUUUGUUAUUACAUUUAUUCGAAUUCUCUUUGAGUCUGGUUGGAAGCAAAAGGCAGUUGGAAUUUGCCAGGCUCUUGUUGAAUUCUUUUGUUUUCGUAUAGAUAAUCGGACUGACUUACCUACUGAGUCUGGCCGAAUUCGAAAGUUUGAAGAGAGAAAUUUAUUUAUUCUUUUUUGGAAGAGUUUCGCUCCUCGUAUUGGCGAAAUGCCUCGACACAACUGGACUGAUUGGCUAGUUAUAUUUUUAGGAGCAGUUGAGAAACACUAUGACCUAAUAAGAAAAUUGGAACAAGAUGAUUCCGAAGACUCAGACAGUGAGUCUUCAUCAUCAUCUUCCUUGGAAGAGUUUGGAAUUCCAGCAAAACUGCCAUCCAUCGAAGAAAAGGAAGAAGAUGAACAAGAAUGGAUGGAUUCUGACGCAUCCUUCUCAAGUCCGGAGCUCUCGGAAACCUCGUCGAUUUGUGAUCGAAGGGAAGGAGAGCUUAAUUUGUUGUUGACUAGUCGUCUUGUCGGAAAUGAGUUUACGGAAUGGAUACUUGAAGAAGAACGAGAUGCUAUGGAAAAUUCUUUCGAAUGUAGUCUUGAACAUCUUUUGCAAUUUGAGAAUGAUAGUUUGAACACUCUAUUUGGGAGUUCCGCUGAAUAUUAUUGUCUCCCCAGGGAUAUAACUCAUUUCAUACCGCAGAAUUGUAAUAUCGAUCGAAGCAUUUGUUAUCAGAUGGUGAUAGAGCUAUUGUUGUCUUUGAGAGGCUGGCCGUUCCUUGACUCAAUAGCCAGUUUGAUUCCUUUUGAUUUACAGAAUAUUCAAUUGAAAGAGGAAACCGUGUCAAACUCCUUUUCAUUGUGUCAUCCAAGAGAUGUAGAAAUGCCAUCAUACUCUUCAAAGAUGUUAUUAUUUCGCCUAUUCGAUCAGAUCUGGCCAAGUCUUAGUGAUAUGAAUAGGCUUCUUUCUGAAUGGUUGUUGGGAAGUGGAUAUUGCCGUGUAUUGAAGGGUACCACUUUGAAAGAGAAUGUACCGAUUUCUUUUAUAUCGAAUGUAUAUGAUUCCCUCCUUUUCAGUAAGGCUUCUAUUUUUCAUCUUGGUCAUUUGGAAGAGAGAGAUUCUUAUUCUCUACGGAUUGCAGAAGCUUUUAUAUUUUUUGAAGGUGCAGUUGGUGGAUUUUCAAAAGGUAGAUCCACAGCCAAGAGAUUGUUGAAGACUUGCGAGAGUUUUUCUCUUUAUACGACUUUUGCAGAGUUGCUAAUUCAUGAAGACUUGUUAGAAGAGAGUAAAAGCGUAUACUAUUCUUGUUUGAAUCGUCUAAAUGACUCUAGUUGGAAAGGGACAGAUUGCUGUCGUGUGAUACUAAGUUUUCUAUUUUACCUGUUGAAUCAUGUUAGCGAAGAUUGGAGAACGAAGAAGACGAAAUGUCAUAGUAUUUUCAGAGUUUUCAUAGGAAAAUUUGGUGGAAUUGAAGAAUCUUUAAGCUUGACAGAAACGAUGAUGAUAAAGAACAAGUUGCAGAAAUUGAGUAAUGAAAGGAUGUCUGUAUCUUGGAGUCUUGGUGAAGAAAUGCAUCAUUUCUCAGUUUUAGCUUGUCAGCUUAUGUUUGAAUGGCUCCUUGGUGGCGUACACAGAGCUAGAGAUGUAUUGCACAAGAUAGAAAAUGACCUGGCAUUCACAAUACAACGAAAUGAGAGGAAUGAAGAAGUAUAUUCUAUUGUUCUUGUCAAGUUGAGACAGUUACUAUGCCUAUUUACCUUUCUCGACUGGCAAUACUCUGGGGAGUCCAAUAUAAGAACUAUUCGAAGUUAUAUGGAAGAGGCACUUGAAAAAUUUCCGGCGGAUGAGUUACUUCUUUUCAUUUUUUGUUCAGUCGUGUAAAUCAUAGGUCAAAUGCGUCAGC